GAAUCUUUCAAACAUCCUGGUUGACACAAAUUGUGAUUACAUUAUAACGAAGUGGUAAUUCAUUUAACGACUAGACAGUUUAAUGAGAUGGUGGAUAGCAAUGAGGACAAUCAGGAAUUCCCUCUCCAAUCAGGAAGGCUAUCUAGAUUUUCAGUACUACCUAAUAUUCCAAAAGACCAACAAAGUACACCAGUUGAUGAAGACAUAAACACAGAAGGAACUACAGAGAAUAAAGACCAAAACUUAGACAGAACUGAUAUUUCGACAAAAUUUAAUCCAUUUGAGGUACUGCCAAAGAUCGGACAAAAGCUACCUAGCAGUGCACAUUCGUCUCUUGGGUAUUUUAUAGUAGAGUUUCCAGAACAUAGAUUAUUAGAUCAUAGAAGCGAUGAUACGUUUGAUGAUGGUUUGUGCGGUGUGAUGACUUCAACAUUUCAAUAUAUGAAACAGUUAUUGCAUGACAACGACACCAUAAUACUCGUUGGUGUUGCUGGUUCGGGAAAAACUACACUUGGAAGACAGCUGCUUGAAUGUCUCAAAAACGAGUUUACAUCAGUGCAGAUUUAUUCUGUAACACAAUUAGUGCGAAUGGUGAAAUUUGAUGAAAAUCAAUUCUUCUUUUUCGAUGAUGCAUUCGGUAAAGAUAUGUCAAACUUCGAUAAAACAUUAUGGAAAACUCUUUCUUGUACGUGGCAAGAAAAAGUAAAUAAAAAGAAAAAAGAUUCCAAAUCAUCAAAAUUAAUUUUAUCGACCAGGAAAGAGUGUUUACCGUAUAACAUACCAUUUGCUUCUAUUCUUGUUGAUAUGAGUAAAAACAGUGUGUUCGGACACGAAGAUAGAAAAAAUAUGUUGCUUUCCCAUACAAACAUUAUAAAUGAAAAAGAGAUAGAUAAAAUAAUUUACCGUUUUGAUGAGGAGAUCAGUAAUGACAUUGGUUUCCCUCUGUGUUCAUUGCUUUACACUAGUACAUUUUUUUCUUUAGAUGCAACGGAUUUUUUUGCUGAUCCAUUAAAGUUCUUUUUAAGCAGUUAUCAAAAUUUAAUUUCUGAAUCGGAAAUGGCAGAAUGCAUUUCGAAAAUUUUGGUUUUAAAUGCUGGCACUUUUGAAAGUGAUGCCGAUUUGAACUCAAAUACAAAGAUGUUAAUCAAUAAUAUUACAACAGUUAAUGAUGUUUUAACAUUUUCUAAUAGUGUCAUGAGACCAUUUCUGAAUAUAACUAAUGAGAACAUUAUUCAAUUUAUUCAUCCGAUUCUAUUAACUGCAGCUGAGAUUCAUAUUUUUAACAUUGAUCAACAAGAAGGGUUGAAGUAUAUGUCAAUAAAAACAAUUAGCAAAUAUAUAAAUAUUCCGGCAAAACUAUCUAAGAAAAAACUAUUUGGCAUUCUGCAGGUGAAUUAUCUCUCGCGCAAUUAUUUGUGUCUGCUAGCUGAUAGAAUGUUAAGCGAAGUUUUCGAUGGAAAUAUUCGUCAUGUAUGUUCUCAUCCACUAUUGAAAAAACAAGAGUUUAUUAAUGAUUUUCAAAAUGCUUUGCAGAAAAAAUAUCGCAAUGGUAAAGAUCAAAUGAUUCAGAUCUUGUACGAUUUCUUUUUAACCGUAGAUGAUAUUUUUUGUGAUGGCAUUUUAUUUUGGUCCGCACACUAUGGAAAUACAAACUUUUGUGAUAUGCUUCUCAAACAUUUUGGACGUUGUCGUAAGCAUGAAGAUUUGCCAUUAAAUAUAUUAUCACGGGCAUUAAUAGGAGCGUGUUUAAAUAGCAAGUCAUUGAUUCUGGUAUUACAAUUAGUAAAAUAUGGGGCUGACAUUAGUUACUGUGAGGCUUGUUUUAAAUUGGAUGCGCCAUCCAUCAAAUUCGAAGUUAUAGGUAAUGGCUUUCAUUUUUGUCCGCUUCAAGCUGUCAUACAGUCCGGUAAUCUACAAUCUUUCAAAUACCUUCUGAAGAAGGGUGCUACCAUUAUUCAUUCUGCAUGGAUUCAGUGGGAAUUGUUAUGCAAACUUGCUGAAGUGUCUAACAUUUUAGCGAGCUCAUUUGAUUUCGUAUUAGCACUAGAAGAGACGUUUUCUAAAGGCAGAAACCUUGAUAAUGUAACUAUUAGGCAACCAGGCAAUGAAGGUUUAUAUUCAAAUUUUAAAGCAAUGUUAAAAGAUAUUCAGGAUCCAAGUGAUAUUAAUGAUAUAUUUUUCACAUUUAUACAUCAUAGUUUUAUAAGUCAAGCUAUCUGUGAAGUUUUUAAUUCUUUUGGAUUGGAUAUUACCUAUUGUGAUAGAAAACAACGCAAUGCAAUAAAUGUUUUAUUAUGGAAAUAUAAGGAAGAUCCGCAACGCAUUACAUUAAACGAGGUAUCUUGUCUUCGGAUUCUCCUGAAAAUUGGUAUAGAUCCAAACAAUACAGCAGUUGAUGGAACAUUUCCUCUUUGUCUUGCAAUUGGAGAGAAAUCUAUCAAUAUUCAAGUGAUACAAUUGUUACUUCAAGCGGGAGCUAGUGUUGAUAGUCGUACCCUUGACGGACUUACACCACUUCACUUGUGUAUUAAAUCUUACAUGCCUCUUGAACAAAAGUUGUCUUUAAUAUCACUUUUACUAGAAUGUGGUGCAAAACGAAAUGAAACUGACUUGAGAAAAAGAACGUAUGCCCAAGUAAUAUUUGAACAACCACCAAUACAUAGUAGUGUUUUAUUAAAGGUGUCAAACUGGCCACUGCACGAUUGCUUAUGUAGUGGGCUAUGUGAGACUGUAAAGAUAAGAAUAAUUAAGGAAUUGGUAAGUGAAGAUAUAGAUGUGAACACCAUGGAUCGACAAAAUCAAACCCCUAUACUCUUAUCAGCCUGCAAGUUAAACAAUAUGCUUUUAACAAAGACGAUUUUAUCAUUAGGCGGGGAUGCUAAUAUUCUUUACGAAGGUAACUAUUCAAUAAUACAAAAAUUACUUUUAAGUCGACAUGCAAAUGUCGAAGGUAUUUUUAGCGUUCUGAUUGAAGCUUUUGAAAACGUAUAUCAUGUAAACGAAGAAGGUGAUACCGCAUUAUUAACGGCUUUGAAGUGCAGGAAAAAUCGUUUUCGUGAAAUUAAAACUUUAUUGAAUAUGACAAUGAUUGAUUUAACUAAACUUGAAACGAAAAAUAAAAACCAACAAUCUGUUUUGCAUCUUGCCACAGCUUCCAAUGCAUUGACUGACGCAGAAGCGUGUGAUAUUUGUAAAACAUAUAUAUCUGUUUGUGGCAGAAUUAAUGACCGAGAUAUGUUUGACAAAACUGCAUUGGAGUAUGCAUCAUUAUGCUCUAAACAUCGUCCUAAAUGUAUUUGCUUGCUACUUAAACAUUCGGAUAUAUUUGAAAUAGAAAGCAAAUUCCUUCUAAAUUUAAUACAAAACGGACAUAUGUCCGAUGAGGUAGCUACUGUUCUAUUCAAUGCAAAGUACUAUGACUUUAUUUUGCAAGAAGACGAACAUAUACUUCACAAACUAGCAUCUAUACAGUUGGAUGAUGAAUCUGAUGAUGAUGAUUUAUCAUUGCAUGGUGGAUAUACGGUAUCAAGUGAUUACACAUCAGUAGACGAUUAUUAUUCGGAUGAUGAUUAUAAUUAUGAUGAUUUUGAUGUUGAUGAUGAAGAUGAUGAUAAUGAUGAUUACUAUAAUGGUGAUGAUGAUUAUGAUGAUCAUUUACAGAAUUGGUUUUCUUGA